GGUGACGCGUGUGCCGCGUCCACUCGAACAGCGAUCGUGAAAACUUUAGUGAUGUAACAGUGUGUUGACGUUCAGAAAUCAUUGUCUGAACUGUGUUUACGUACCGUUCGAUUGUUCCUUAUCUCGUUCGAUUCGAAAUACAAAACGUGUUCGAAAUACAUGUGCACCAAUCGGAUUGUAAUCUAUGGUGACGGUAAAUGGUUGUAAUCGGAGCAAUCGAAUGUAACGUAACAAAACCAACGGUCUCCACAGAUAUAGUGACAAAACUAAGUGAUGUGUCCAUUCAAAUGUAAAAAGUUCAAAUUCAAAUGAUGGCGCUCCGGCAUGACGUCACAAGUAUGGAGUCGAGUUUCCUUCCGGCGGAUCCGCCGCCGCUCACCGAAUACCAGCCGAAGAGCGACCUCGCCUCCGAAUACUUCAACACGUUCAAUCAGAUAUGCGAAAACUACCGGCCAGAUACCGAGCUCAACCUUCGGCACACCUCGGACUCGCUUCGGCUCUCCUCGGAGAUUUUGGACGGCGUGCGAACGGACUAUACAGAUUUUGAUAAGUACAAGCAGGACAGAGGAUCGGAAUAUGUGAACACGGACUUUAACCCGAAGGCGUAUUUGAAAGACGAUCGGCCAACGGAAUUUGUUAAUACGGAUUUUAGUGAAAAAGUGUUUUUAAGUGGCAAGGACGAGAAUAUAUUUCAGUUUGGACAGCCCGAUGCCUCGGCGUUGUUGAGGCAUCGCGCGAGGAGAAGAUACAAUGAGGAGCACGGGCUGCAGCCGCCGGCUGCCACCAGCCAGGAGAGUGGGUACGGCAGCGAUGAGUUCGGACACGACUCGCCGAGCCGCUUCGCGUCGCCGAAGGGCGCGGGCGCGGGGGCGGGGGCGGGCGCCGCCUACCAGGAGCCCUACUACGCGGGCGGAGACUGGGGCGCGGGCUACUACCAGCCGCCGCCGCCCUACCACCACGACCCGUACGCCACCUCGCCAGGUAUAGCGGGCGCGCCGGCGGGCGAGGCCGGUGGCGGCGCGGAGCUGCCCCUGCCGCCGAUGUCGUCGUUCCGCGCGGCCGCGCCCCAUCACUCGCCCACAGACCCCAUGCUCGUCGCCAAGCCACCGCUGCAGCCGAUGUACGGCGGCGCGGCCAGCACGCCUGGCGGUGGUGGCGGUGGUGGCGCGGAGGCUGGCAGCCUGUCGUCGUACGGGUCGUCGCCGUCGACGCCUGUUCACUCGCCGCCGCCGCUGCACGCCCGGCUGUACCCGCCACUCAAGCACUCGCCCGCGCAUCAUCACGUGCAGCACCACAAUGGACAGCAAUCGAACUGGGUAUCGAGCGGGGUGUCGUCACCGCCGAGCGCUUCCACGCCACACGCGCCGCUCGCUGGUGGUGCGGUGCUGCCCAACGGUCACCACCAGCACGUCGCCGUGUUCCCACCACCGGUCAUGGGCGCGCCGGCUGAGCAACGGCAGCUCGACGAGGCUAUGGUGUUCUUGCGUGAACAUUCCGACGUGGUUUGUGGUGUGCAGGGCGCCCGCAUGGAGGAGCGGCUGGACGACGCCAUCAACGUGCUGCGCAACCACGCGGAGGCGGCAGACCUCUACCCGCAGGACCACCACCAGCCGCCGCCAGCCGUGUCGCGGCUGGGCGCGGGCGCGGCGCUGCACGUGCACGCAGAGCCGCCCGUCAAGAUGGAGCGGCACGUGCUGCCCAACACCAAGAAACGCAAAGAGCCACCGGACUCGGGUCUGGACUCGAAGCCGUCAUCGUCUGGCUCCGCGGACGCACUCGUCGGCAAACCACCGGGCAACAAGCGUUCACGGAGAUAUGACCCCCGGUGCAACAGCUGCUCGUCGGCGGACGAGGACGACGUGGACCCCGACACCAAGGCGGCGCGCGAGAGAGAGCGGCGACAGGCCAACAACGUGCGCGAGAGGAUACGGAUAAGGGAUAUAAAUGAAGCGCUAAAGGAGCUAGGACGGAUGUGCAUGACGCAUCUGAAGAGUGACAAGCCACAGACCAAGCUCGGCAUACUCAACAUGGCUGUUGAGGUCAUCAUGACGCUGGAGCAACAAGUCAGAGAACGCAACCUGAACCCGAAGGCGGCGUGCCUGAAGCGGCGCGAGGAAGAGAAGGCGGAGGAGGCGCCCAAGCUGCUGGCCGCGCCGCUGCAGCACUACCAGCCCAUGCCGUUUGGUUUGCAGGGCAUGGGCCAGCUGCCCGGGCAGCCCCCCACGGGCGCACCUCCGCAGCAAUAGCGACGCCCCGUCCGCCCCUACGCGCUGCCCUAGCGGCCCCACGCCCGCCCCCCGGGCCCCGCGGGCCCCUAGCGGACCCACGCCGCCCCACGCUCGCCCCACCCGCGCCGGACGCGGCUAGCUAUGUGUGUAUUAUAUAUCUGUACCGAGCAUUAUUGGAUCUGUAUUAAACUUGAGGUUGUUUUAAAGAUUUCUUUGUAAUCUGGUCGCGAACAUGUCUCUCUUGGAUUGUAGUCUAUAAUUUAUAUUUAUAUACUAUUAAUUAUAUAUUUAAUUUUAAUAUAUUAAAUUCGAUUUGAUAUUUUAAU